CACAUAUUAAAGGCACAUAUCAAAGUAUUAAUUGAUCAUGGCCCAAACAAUGCGGAUGACGUGCAAGCAUGCGCCAACCACUAUUACCCACCGCGAGCGCGCGUCGGCGUUCAAGCCUGUUUGCAAGUUAUCGCAAGAUCGCAAGAUGAGCAUUGCGAAUGCCGCUUCGGCAGCGGGGCGAACUCUCCUGGCUGGCUUUGCGUCGUGCAUCGUCCUCACGUCCGGAGCAGUUGCUGCGCCCAGUGUUAUUGAGGGACCUGCCCGCGUUGUGGAUGGCGACACGCUUGUCAUUAACGGAGAGCGUAUUCGUCUGUAUGGAGUGGAUGCUCCUGAGAGCGCCCAACAGUGCUCGGACGCUCGCGGCGCAUCGUACCCUUGCGGACUCGUUAGCAAGGAUGCCCUUGCUAAGAAGGUCGGCAGCUCUCCGGUUGCGUGCGACGUUAAGAACACUGACAUGUAUGGGCGCAACGUAUCAGUGUGCAACCUGAAGUCCGUCACCGGCGCCGAGGAGCUCAACUCAUGGCUGGUCAGCAAUGGAUAUGCGGUGGCGUACCGGGAGUACAGCAAGGAGUACGUGCCGCUGGAGGACGCUGCCCACACUGCUGGGAAGGGCGUGUGGCAGGGGCAGUUCCAGGUACCCAGCGAGUGGCGGAAGGCCAACAAACGCUCUGAGGUGGGCCCCGUGGCGGCGGCCGUCGCGUACACACCAGCGGCAGGGGCUGCGGCCGCUAACGGUGGCGACCCCGUGCCGCAGUGCGCCAACGGCCCCGCCAUCAAGGGCAACAUCAACUCCAACGGGCAGAAGAUCUACCACAUGCCGUCUGGAAAGUUCUACGAUUCAGUGCGCAUUGAUUUGAAGGACGGCGAGCGGUUUUUCUGUACGGAAACGGAGGCGAAGGCUGCUGGCUGGAGGCCGUCGAUGCAGUGA